GGAGACUAAUGCUAGACAGAUACCUACCUUCAUUUUGAUUUGAAUAUCAGACCGUGAUGUCGCUGAGUGUAUUUCUGGAUGGACUACCCCGUGUUGGUGGAGAGAGAAGCAAACAGGGGGAGGAUGUCGCGGUCGAAGGAGCGGAUGAAAGGUAAACAGCGAGAGGGAGUCGCUGUUCCUUUCACGGGUAGGAGGAAGGAGAGAGCAGAAAGCAAGAACGAAUGCAGUGCGAAUGAGCGACUAAACAGUGAGUAUGAGCAUUGUAGAAGGGAGAGAUUGGAAACAAAGGAGGUGGUUACAUUCAUCAGUCUAACUCCAUUUCAACCAAUCACCGGCUGUCAACCAUCAACCCGAGAUUAGGUACGGAAUACGGAGUAUUAGCGUCUCUCUCACGUGUAUCUCCCCGUAUUCCAUAAACUCCGUAGGUGAAGCUUAAG